UUUGCUGGAUUUCGAGUGUGCCCGUAUAUUUUCAACACGACAACCAGGGCUGGAGACGAAAAGUGCCAUUCACCACGAGCGGGCAAGUGACAUAACACGGAACAGCUGUUCGAUUCGGCCAGGAAACUUUUGGAAAUUACGAGAUGCGUGUACCCGGAGCACUGUACGCCGCCCGUGGCCGAGCGCCGCAGAACGAGAAGGAUGUGCCAUUCCAGGAAAUUCUCCCCCUCCGGCUGAAAAACUCUGUGAGCGGGAAGGCCGAUUCCGGCAACGAUGUGGCCUGCCUGCAGGAAAUGGGCGUGCUCUUCGCCUGCCUCAAGGACAACGAGUUCGUGGAGAAGUACUGCCACAAGGAGAUCAGCCAGUUCCAGAACUGCUACAAGUGCUACAUGGAUCGCAAGUUCGAGGCCAAGAAGACGGUCAACCAGGGCAUCGUUCAACCGGGCACCAACCUCAACUACAAGCAGCUCAACAAGUACAUGCGCCGCUAUCCCAAUCCCGUCUAGCUUAGAGGCCUUAGAUUCAUUUAAUAAUACACUAUUUACAAAGUACA